CCAAAUGAUAAGCCAGUAACAGUUUCGGUAGUACCACGAAGUUGGCUUAUUAGUGACAAGGAAUGUCGUUGGCCACCAUCAAGAUUGAGGAAUCGCGACCUUUUGCUAAAAGAUCCAAACUCAAAGCCUGCUGAAAAUUGGGAAAUUUCGGCCUGUAGGAUUCUAGGCCAAUUCGAUAAUUUUGAGGCGGCUGUUACCGGUUGUAAAAUUGCCGAGGAGCGUUCAGACGUUGAAAAUAACUCCAAGGCGGGUAGACGGGGGAGACCAGCCAAACGUAGGAGGCCCGAACCACCCAGCUCCGAGGAUUCAUCAGACUGCGACGAGAUAAGCUCAAGAAAUAAAUUGAAAAAUGUUGUGACUCAGCCACGUCCUACUAAUUUCAAUUCGUCGCAUCCAGCUACUACUUUUUUAAGUGCUCCCGACAAAUAUCAGGCUGGGAUUUAUACCCCGCCUAGUUCAACCAAAUUUUCGCUCGUCCUUAACACCCAAUUCCAACCGGAAGUUGAUACUUCAAUUGGAGACGGCAAAUUAUUGUAUGGUUCCUUCACACCUUCUCAAAAUGGCCUGGAGCUUGAUCAAGUUGACGCAGGUGACUCUCCAGCCGGAGAUCCAUUCACUCAACGGAAUUUUGACAAUGCAUCUAGUCCAAUCGUGAUGACAUCACACAGUGAGACAGAUUUUUUAACCCCAAGGCGCCAGGGAACUUCUAUUCGUCAGAAAUCAUGAUUGUUAUAAAAUAUUUCGUAAAAAUACCGACCAUCCAAGUUAUAUUGACUGUAUCUUUCCAGGCGGAGGAGCAUUUGAUAAAAUCAUAAUUAAGUACUUGGCCGCCAUUCAUACACAAAAUAAAAAUAUUCUACAAGACCUGAAUUGGAUAAAGAAUAAUUCCCAGGCCUCUCUUCAAUCAAAUACGACAGAACGAAGCUACAAUUUUGACACUUUACCAGUGUUCCCACUUGACUCACAAGAAGCUCUCCAACUGUUGAACGAGCAAUUACAGAUUGAUGACGAGAAAAAUAUUUUGAUUGCUUAUCUGGAAACAAUUGGAGGCUCAACGGUACAAGAGACGGUGAAAAAAAUUUUACGAAGAAUUUUUACACCUCAGCUAGCCAAGCAAUUCUCCUACACUGGAAAAGGGACGAAUAAAUUAACAUUCAGUAUCUUUGACAAUUUGGUUUCUUGCAUUUUUGGGGCAACAAGGAGAAAUAAGAAAAUUUUGAACGCAGAUACAACAGAUCGCACUCUGCAAGUAAUCAUCAUGGAUUUUUUCAGAUAUGUGAGAUUACCUGCUCCGUCUCCUUUGGAACAGCAAGAUCAAAAUUAGGCACGUUACUAACCGAAAUUGGGUUCACAUGGUAGUUAAUUAAUAAUAGUAAAUUAGUAGUAAACUAACUUUAAUAAUUUAAAUUAAGAUGUCAUCAAGUCGUAGUCAGCGUAGGCGUGUGAAAAAUCAAGUUGACCUAAUAUUAGCAGAAAUCGAUUCAGCAGAAAAUCAGGAUUUAAAGUUGAAUAUUCCGGUAAUAGAUUCUGUGCCUAAACUAGUGGAGGAACCACGUGAUAGUUCUAGUAGCGAACCUGUGGUUUAUCUUUCUGAAACUAUUUCACCAAAUAUCACGGUCACGCCAAAUAUUAUUACAGAUAUUCUCGAACCCGAAGAUAAACCCAAAUUUAAAAACUCUUUAGCAGCUUGGGCAAUUAAACACAAUAUCACGGCCAAGGCGGUUGAUGAUUUACUUUUUCUUCUGAAGCAAAACAAUAGUGACCUCGACGUUCCACUAUGCUCUAAAACGCUGCUAAGUACUCCAGGGACAAAAGAUUAUAAAGUCACCCGAGUCCAAGGAGGAUUUUAUCAUCAUUUUGGAUUAGGAAAAAUGCUUCAAAACUUUCAUGCACACAAUUUGAUUAGUUCCAGCUCGAACACUUUAAAGUUAAUAAUAGGAAUAGACGGUUUACCUAUAAGCGAAAGUAGCAAAAAGCAAUUUUGGCCAAUUUUAGGUAGUUGUGAAUCAGUAAACCGAAGUCGACCAUUUUUAAUUGGUCUUUAUUUUAGUGAGCAAAGUAAACCAGGUUGUUUUCAAGAGUUCUUGACCCCAUUAAUUUUAGAAAUGGAAGAAUUUCAAAAACAUGGGCUUUGGUUGGGAUAUAGUUUAUAUAAUAUAGUUAUUUUUGCAAUUAUUGCCGAUGCUCCAGCUCGAAAUUCCUUAAAGUUUACGGUUACGUUUAACGCUUACCACGGUUGUGAACGAUGUAUUGAUAAAGGGAAAUGGCUAGGUAGAAUAAUUUAUACCAAAUUGGACAGCCCUCUCCGAACGGACGAAGAUUUUUUUAAACAAACUGACAAGCGUCAUCAUACAGGCGUGUCACCAUUCGCUGAUUUGGGAAUUGGUUUAGUUACGGGAGUCCCACUCGAUUAUAUGCAUCUGAUCUGUUUAGGUAUUGUGAAAAAAUUGAUUAAAUGCUGGAAAAAAGGACCCAGAGUACAUCGAUUAGGUCGAGUAGCUAUUGAACGUAUUUCAUUUAGGUUAGAAAACAGAAGAAAAUUUACCCCGAAAGAAUUCAAUAGGAAACCGAGAGGUUUAGCUGACCUUGAGUACUGGAAGGCCACAGAAUUUAGGGCAUUUCUUUUGUACCUGGGUCCAGUAGUUUUAAAAGGGGUUCUUCAGAAUGAAAAAUACACGCAUUUUCUCUAUCUGAGUUUGGCAUUGAGAAUCUUGUUAUCUGAUAAUAAGGAAUGGUACGGAUAUGCAAAAUUCUUGUUAGUUGAAUUUGUUAAAAAUGUCCCAAAGCUAUAUUCCUCAGAAUUUUUAGUGUACAAUGUUCACUCUUUAAUACAUAUAGUAGAUGACGCUCUAAAGUUUGGGUCCCUUGAAAAUGUGAACGCUUUUAAGUUUGAAAAUUACAUGCAAAAAUUAAAAAAAAUGCUAAGGGGCAGGCAUAGCCAGCUAGCUCAAGUCAUUCGACGCAUAACUGAGUCUGACAAGUUUGGAUUUAGACCAAAUGAACCAUUAAAGUGUCACCACUGGAUUAUUAGUAAUAAUUUGGGAAACCGUUGCUUUAUUUUAGAAAAUGGGGAUGUUAUUAUUGUAAAUAGUGUAGAAGAUGAAUCUGUUGUGGUAAAAAAAAUUUAUGUGCAAUGUUGAUUUAUUUAGUAGUCCUUGUAAAAGUUCGCAUUUUUCAAUUCAAAAGGUUUCAAAUUUGCACAAGUCCUGUUUUCUGAUUAGCAAGGCAAAAUUGAAAUAUAAAGCGUUUUUAAUUCCAACAGAUAAAAUUCAUGAGUACACAUGUACUCCAUUGUGUGGUCAAAAUUAGAUAACAUGUAUGUUGUUAAUAUUAAUCUUAUAGUUCUAAUGCUUACUUGUUGAUUUAUAAAUAUUAUUCAUUUGUAAACUGUAAUAAAAAAAUGAAAUUAUCUUUUA